CUUCCGCUUCUCAGGCUUGACCUUCCGGCCGGUGGGUCACGCGUUGAGCCGACAUUGACUCGUCCUCGCGAUUCGGUCCGACAGGUCCCCUCUCGCGACAUUAUGGUGGCCUACUGGCGACAGGCUGGACUCAGCUACAUCCGGUACUCCCAGAUCUGUGCGAAGGCCGUGCGGGAUGCGCUGAAGACGGAGUUCCGUGCAAGCGCCGAGAAGACCGCCGGCAGCAGCGUCAAGAUUGUGAAAGUGAAGAAGGAAUAAUGUGUGCUGCUGGGUGAAGCUUGAACACGCCCCGUCCCCAAGGCGAAGAUGUGCGGGCACGCGCUGCGGCCGGUGGAGGGCGGCCCUGCUCCAUGGGGGGGCGCCUGUCCUGGGGGGGGCGGCCGGGGCCAAUAAACUGGAAUGCGGCUCGCUCGUG